UUGGCACCACGUUACAAAGGUCAUACGGUAGGUGCAUAGGCACUACUUCCGGGAGGUAAGAGAUUUGACUUUCGGUGCGUUCCGAUAGAAAAAAAAACGUCUACAAAAUCCUCGUUUGCGUAAUCUCAUCGUCGGUGUCAAUUCAACAUGGUGCUUCGGACCUUCCUAAGGAUCCCUGUCUUCUGCAGACGAGCGUUCUCCCUUCACGACAAAGCGAAAAACGUUUUUCUGGCGAGAUGUUUAGAUCGCGAUCCCCUCCCACAUGUAACGUUACAUCGAGCCGGCAUGUCUUCACAAACGUACGGGGUCCAACCGUUCGCCGUGUAUCAUCUGAAAGUCAGACUACCGCUCAGUGUUCACGUUUCGCCCUUAGACCCACUGGAACAUCCGAACGCAGAUAAGUUUGUAGUUGACGUGAAUUCUGAAUCUGAUGAACACAGAGUAGAUGUGGUUGUGAAGGAUGAUGAGAAAUCAGUGGAAGUUACUAGUACAAGCUCGGCAGAAGUAGAAGGAAAACCUUUAUGUCAUAUCAUGACACCUAUGAAUUAUGAUGUAGCUGUUCAGGUGUCAGGUGCAGCAGAGGCCAGAGUAGAGAACAUGGAAUGUCCCACAUGUGUUGUGAAGACAGAAGAGGGAGACUGUCAUCUAAAGAGUAUCAAGGGUAUGAGCACACAGGUAGACACAGGAGGAGGGAGUGUGUAUGGACAGGGAACCGUACUGGGGAAUGUAGACGUCUCAACUAACUCAGAAGGGAGUGUGAAACUAGGCAAGCUCCAAGGUCAGGCAAUGAGUGUUGCAACACAAGAUGGUACAAUAGAUAUAAAAGACAUCUAUGCAGAACUGUCAACUUUAACGUCAGAUUCAGGGGACAUCUGUAUUGGGAGUAUGCAUGGUACCAGUGCUGUAGAAACUACAGAAGGAAACAUCACAAUAGACACAGUAGAUGGAGACCUGUCAGCCACCACACAGACUGGCAGUGUUACCCUGUAUGUCAGCAGGCAUCAACUAGUGGAUGUCACCUCUGAGGAAGGAGAUAUAUGUAUCAGUGUGCCCCAUGAGCUGGCCACCAGACUGGAGCUCACAGGCAAACAGUUAGAGAUUGACCCAGAGUUGAGAGUAGACAACAUUGAGGAUUCUUGGGAUGAAGAACUGCAGUGUAAGACACUCAAAGGUUUGUUGAACUCUGGAAACUCAGCUGAUCUCCGAGCCACUGCCAAGGCAGGGAAAGUCAGUCUGAAGGCAGUGAGCUGGCUGGACUCACUCAAACUCAGGAAUAAACUGGCUAUAAGCUAGUACUAACUACUCCUUUUAUAAAGAGUGUGAAGUUUUAUUGUUGAUAAGGCCACACCAAUUUAAUUUCUUGGUUAACGGAUUCGCCCGCUUUAUU